GGGGGGUUUGAUGUAAGCCUGAAAAACUUUAGGGGCAUUUUAGCAAAAUCUCGGCAGGUAAGGUCCGAUGGUAUGUAUUAUUACGAUUGGCUUAGCAAUUAGCACCCCCCCAGCUGAGUGUUAGUCAGUUAGUAAGAUCAUGGCUUGGAUGACACGAUUUCUCACAGCGGUUGCCUUCUUGGCAAUCGGAGUCAUAUUUUCGCCGGAAACGUUCGGAUCAAAAUCAGCAAAAAUCACAUCGUUCGUCAAACUUGCACAUCUCCUAUGUUUCUCCACCGCCUGGGGCGCAGCUCUUUGGGUCACCUUCAUCGGCGGCAUCAUCAUGUUCAAGAAUUUGCCAAGGCAUCAGUUUGGGAAUCUGCAAAGCAAGAUGUUUCCGGCCUACUUUAUGAUGGUUGGGAUAUGCUGUGCGGUGACGGUGGGUUGUUUUGGUUAUACACAUCCAUGGAAGUCUUCAUCAACUGCUGAGAAGUAUCAGCUUGGGUUUUUGGUCUCUGCUUUUGUCUUCAAUCUCACCAAUCUUUUUGUCUUUACUCCCAUGACCAUUGAGAUGAUGAAGCAAAGGCACAAGCUGGAGAGAGAGUCAAACAUUGGAGAAGAAGUUGGGUGGACAAAGAACAAGGAGGUUGCAAAGGUUAACCCAAAGCUAUCAGCAAUGAACAAGAAGUUUGGGAUGAUUCAUGGACUCUCAUCUCUAGCUAACAUCAUGUCUUUUGGUAGUCUUGCAAUGCAUUCAUGGUAUUUAGCAGCCAAAAUUGAUCUCUAGACCCACCCUUCCCCAUGGCUUUUAAUAAUAAUAAUAAUAAUAUGUACCAUUUUCUUGAUUUGGAUCGUUACCAUGUAUUAUGAUAUGUUAUAAAAGAAGAGCUUUUAACAGCUGUGUAUUUUAAACUCCCAAUCUUUGAUGUGUAUAAUCAUGGUUGUAUCUAAAAAAUGAAGCAUCUCAAUUGUUACAUGAGAAGAUAAAAGAGUUG